AUGUCUAAUGCAACUUUCGCCUCGACUCAAAUAGUCGACUAUUUUAUAUCUCUUUUUUAUGUUUUUGAAUCCACAUUAGAUUCUUCUUUGAAGCCUGUAGAAGAGACUACUAAAGCAGUUCUAUCCAGCCUUGUCCCUUCUCUUUAUUCAAAUGUCGGACAGUAUUUCGCUAGCAGUGCUUCUCCGUUUGCUUCCAGACUUCCUCUCAUGAACUUCUUUCAUGUAUUUGUUAUCAUGCUGAGUUACUUGAGUUUAGUCUUUGGAGGAAAGGCGUUAAUGGAGAAAAGAGAGAAGUUUAAUAUGAAGCUAGUCAGUUUAUUUCAUAAUUUGUUUUUGGUUCUCUUGAGUACAUAUAUGUGUGGCACGAUUCUUAUCGAAGCGUGGAGACAAGGAUAUGGCCUUUUUGGUAACCCCGUGGAUAAGACGGAGAGAGGUUGGCAGAUGGCCAAAUAUACAUGGCUGUUCUACGUAUCCAAAAUAGCCGAAUUUAUGGAUACUUAUAUUAUGGUAUUAAAGAAGAAUAACCGCCAGAUUACGUUCCUUCAUGUCUACCAUCAUUGCUCGAUCUUUGUAAUCUGGUGGGCUGUUGUGUAUAUAGCUCCCAAUGGGGAAACAUACUUCAGUGCUGCUUUGAAUUCAGCUGUCCACAUAGUCAUGUAUGGUUAUUACCUCAGCACCACACUCUCCAUGCCCAUUCGCUUCCUCAAACGAUACAUAACGCUAUUCCAAAUGACACAAUUCACCAUGAUGAUGAUUCAAGCAACAUAUGAUAUUAUUCUGUUUAGAUUUGUUAAAGCAGACAGUGAAGAGAAAUACCCAUUCGAUUUAGCUGCAUUGCUGUGGAUUUACAUGUGGACAAUGUUGGGUCUUUUCGCGAACUUUUUCAAAAAGGACAGAUUACGAGAACAACAACAGAAACUGGCGAAGAAGGAAUGA